AUGCUACAAGAGAAUGUUGGAAACCAGAAAGAGAAUGGGACCAGCGACCUUGCUAGCACCUCGAACCGCAUCGCUACACGCUUCCCCUUUACAGUAUUCCUGCUCUCUGAUCGCGCCGCCAUCGGGACCGUGUCCUCAGGGCUAGCCAUUCGGGGGAGAGCUGACGAGGAGCAUGUCAAGAAGGCGGUUAUCCUUACCGCGGUGAUAAGGGCUCAGAAGAAGGGCACGAUGUCCGAUGUUGGGACAAGCAAGGGGUUUGCAGCAGCACGACCUAGCUAA